GCGCUCCCGCUGGCGGUGAGGGCGUGGCGGCGGGGCUGCGGGCGCCUGGCGCCGCACUGACUGCGCCGGGGACAGCUGCCCGCGGCGGCUCCCGAGCUCCGGCUACUUGCUACACACCCGGGCGACCGGGUUCCCGCGUGGUCCGUUGCGCCGCCCCGGCCUCAGUCCUGGCAGCCUUCCUGCAGCGGCCAAGCGUGCAGAAAAGACCUGCUUCUCGGAGACAAUGCUGAGAGACACUAUGAAAUCUUGGAAUGAUAGCCAGUCUGAUCUCUGUAGCAGUGAUCAAGAAGAGGAAGAAGAGAUGGUUUUUGGUGAAAAUGAAGAUGAUUUGGAAGAGAUGAUGGAUCUCAGUGAUCUACCCGCCUCACUUUUUGCUUGCAGUGUCCAUGAAGCAGUGUUUGAAGUUCAGGAGCAGAAGGAGAGAUUUGAAGCACUCUUCUCCAUCUAUGAUGAUCAAGUUACAUUUCAGCAGUUCAAAAGCUUUAGAAGAGUCAGAAUAAAUUUCAGCAAACCUGAAGCAGCAGCAAGAGCUCGAAUAGAACUCCAUGAAACAGACUUCAGUGGGAAGAAGCUAAAACUGUAUUUUGCACAGGUACAGACUUCCAGUGAAACACGAGACAAAUCGUAUUUACUGCCACCCCAGCCUACCAAGCAGUUCCUCAUCUCCCCUCCAGCAUCUCCCCCAGUGGGGUGGAAGCAGGGUGAAGAUGCCAUGCCAGUUAUAAAUUAUGAUUUACUCUGUGCUGUUUCCAAAUUGGGGCCAGGAGAGAAAUAUGAACUUCAUGCAGGAACUGAGUCGACACCAAGUGUGGUGGUUCAUGUCUGUGAAAGUGAAACUGAAGAGGAAGAAGAAACAAAAAACCCCAAACAGAAAAUUACGCAGACAAGGCGCCCUGAACCUUCAACCACAGCAUCUAGUGAGCCCCAGACCUUUGAUUGUGCGCCAUGAGGUUCCUGGUUGUGGUAGGAGGCAGCUGUCUCUGUGGGCUUCAGGGAUGGAAACUUGAGCCCUCCUGCUGAUGCACUGCUGCUAGUAACAUAGGAUAGACUAGGAGUGUGUUUUCACCAAGCCUGUGCUGUGGACAUGGUACUGGAGAAGCAGCUGGGUUCUACCUGCUCAAAAUUUAGACUGAUAUUCAGAAUAGCACUUUAAAGGGUUGUCUCCCUACCCCCCCCCCCCAACAUGUGGCAGAUCGUGACCAUUUUUAAACGGUAGCACAUUUGGAAAAUGGCUCUCACCAUCCAGGUUAAUCUCCCUGAUUCUGUUUGGCAUGGGGGACCCUAAAACUGGAAUUAUAGCCACUGAAUGCAGUACCAUUUCUAUGAAUUUAAAAAGUCUUAUAGUUUUAAUAAUCUAGUGUGGGUAUUUUUGUAUUGAUAUGAUUGAUGCUUCUAACUUUUUGAUGAGAAGUUAAUUGUUAUUCAGAGUAAGUGAAAUGCUUGCAUAAAAAGAAACCUAAAAUAUAGAAUAAUUCAUAGAAAGUCUUUUUUUAUAUUUUUUUUUUCUUUAGCUUUGGGGAAGCAAUGCCAAAUGCACUUUGACUAUCAGAAUCAAAAGGCAUAAAUCUAGCUCAUAUUGUUCUCUUUCCUGUUACUCUUACAUACAAGUAGGAGGAAGCUGAUGCAUAAACCACAGUUCCUAGUGUCAUUCCUCUCAGAGAAGAAACCACUAGUUUGGGUGUAGAAUAUCUCACCAGUAAGUUAGACUCAUCUUGACUCAGGUGGCUAUUGCAAUCUGCCAUUUGUGACCAUAUUCUAAACUGUACCAAACUACUUUCAGAACCAGUUGUUUUCCAGUGCUAUUACAAUACUUGUGUGUUUAUGUGUAUGUGUGUGCAUAUGAUGAUUAAAUUAGAAAAAGUAAUGAUAAGAUUUUCUGAAAACCAUGUUUAAAUUGUCCAUUUAAACACUUUCCAACUUACUCUAAAAAAAGAUUAGCAUAUUUCUAUGAAUUCAAGAAAGACCCCUAAUCUCCCUAAGACUAUUUAGUCUCACCUUUCUGGUGAGAUUUUUUUUUUACCAUGGCAUACAGUUGGUAUUUUUCCCUCACACAGAGAAUUGUUUCUUAUUUAUGUCUUAGAGUAGAUACUUUAUCUGUGAAACUAGCAGCAAGCAUCUUUUUAAUCUCUGAGGUCAAUUUAGGCCUCAAAAAUGUCCCUUUUACAGGAAAGCCUCACAAUUAAAAAUGCUUUCAUCAGGGGCUCUGCCAAUUCUACUUAACUGUGCUGGUGUUUGUUUGCUUACUUGUUUGUUUCCUGUGGCAAAUCCCCGGGGCUCCUUGAUAUGUAUGUGAAGAGGAAGUACAUAUGAGUUAGAACUAAUAAAUGAAUGUGUUGCCUCAA